UUAUUUUGUGAUAAAUUUAUUUGAGGGUGAACAGGGAUGUUUGGUGUGUGUUGAUGACUUAAAUGUCGGACUUGAUCAUUUAAUGCAAAAUUCGAUGGAUGUUGAUGUCCAAAAUUAUUUGGGGUUUCAUUAUUCUGUAGAGGGGGUAUUUGUUUAUGUUGCUUAUCAUUUCCAUGAAAUAGAUGCACAGUUGACGGAUAUGGUUGAAAUUCAGUGUGUGCUCCCUUAUUUUGUGAUAAAUUCAUUUGAUGGAUACCAUGGUUGUUUGUUGUAUGUUGAUGGAUUAAAUGCCCAGCACCUUGUAAAUUUACAUUUCGGCGUUGAUUUUUUGAUUAAUUUUUAA